ACCUUUUGCCGGCCGGUGAUCUUUGGGAUCGCGAUGUUUCCAUAGAUAUCGUUGUUCAUCCGCCAAGGGAGGCAACACCCGGCCGUCAUUGAUCAACCAUCCGCUGAGCACGGCGAUCGUUAACUAAUUGCAUGUAUCAAGGAUGAUAAAUGAACGAAUUUGAAUCGGGUAAUUAUCUGGUAGCGAGAAGGGAUCGAUCGUUUCACCGAGAUUCCCUCGAGCGUGUAUUGAAAAGCAGUUGGAAAUCGUUUUCUCUUCUGGUUCCGGUGCCGGUUGUCACCGUUCUUCCGUGCCGCGUAAAAAUCUGAACUAGUUUCGUCGGAAACGAUCGGACACGGUUCGGUUGUCGAAUUAAAGGCGGGCGAGUAAUAUCGCGGCACGGGAUCGCGGAGAAAAUUACAUGUCACCGAUCCGCCUCGCAAGUGGAACGCGACGGCCACUUUCAACCAUAGAAGAUGUACCACGGGGCUCGUUUAAAUAGUUAAUCGUUAAUGAAGCCCGAUAGCUAGAAAGUGCUCCUUUAUCGCUCGAUUUCAGCACGGAUCUCGCCUGAUUCUCUGCGCUUCGCAGGAUACGAAAUAGAAAUGCCUCGCGGCACGAUGAACUCGCCUCUUCGUGUACCACAUUUCGAUCGAUAGAUUUUCGUAGAAAGUGUCUCUGAAAUCGAGCUUGCUCCAACGUCGGGCUAAUUGUUCCGCGAAUUAAGCGUUAAUACUGGAAAAAAGUUAGGGGUUCGUUAAUUAAGCCGGUCGAAAGGAAGGAAGUGUGAUCGUCGAUGCGAGUGAUCAGGAAAGCAGAAGUCGACCGGUUCAGAACUUUUCAACGAGUUCUAUUCUCGUGGGAAGGGCCGUGCUGAUUGGAUAGAAAGACGUCUGAGAAUAAAAGUUGGAAGCUCGAGUCGAUGAAACGAAGCGAAAUAAAAGCGAUUAUCUGGUCAAGAGUUUGAAAGGCUUAAGCUAAUUCAUUGGUAAUUGAUUCAUUUCAUUAUCCACCGUACGAGGCUACCUGAGAAUUUAUCAGAAUAACCUAAUAUUAACCGAGUCACCAGCCUUCUGUUGAAAUUCUCAAACCGAAAUCUCAAUUUUUCGACUCUUUUUUGCGUUUUUCAUUUUUCCGAAAAAUCCGAAGAAAUUGGGAAAAUAUGACAGAAACCGCUUUUUCUAUUCUACCCUCCUGAUUGAGAUACAGGGUUGAAACUUGACGAACACUUUUGACUAUCUUAUCCUGCAAUACCCUUUGCAUGAAACAUCAAUAGCGAUGUUGAUAGAAAGCCACGGAGAGUGAUCACCCACGAUCCGCAGGUAGUCGGAAAGCAGCACACGCGUGCUGUUGAAAAAUCAUCAUGGAGGUUGAUCAGGGUACAAGAACCCGGACGCUCUCUAACCAGGUAACGUCCCACAUCAGCCUGGAAACAAUAUCCACCUAAAUCUGCCUAUGAAUCGUUGCCCGAUAUCCAAGAAACCCUCUCUCUUCCUUUCUUUAUUCUCCCGAGAUGCGUUCCGUUGUUGGAAAGCGACGUCGUCUUCGUCGUCGUCGCCGUGGUGGUUAGGAACCUCUCUCGUAGUAUCCUAUCUCUGUCUGUUGGAUACACAGGUAAAGGGGAUAGGUUGAAGGGAGAGGGAGAGACGGGAUGGUUGGAUGCAGCUGCAAACACGAGCUUACCUGUUCACGUGCUGCCACGAAGGUGACCGUGCCUCCUAGCCGAGAGUGCAUCGAACGAGGUAUCCAGGCUGACACCCACGCCGUAACGUUUUCUGGGCCGAAAAAUCAACGGAGAGCGCCGUUCACUUCCGUGUGGCCUGUUGCAGAGAGCCAGGAGAGCUUGGUCGCGAGCUGCACCGCUCACACUUGGGUUCCGGGUCGGUUUUUCGCCCUGAAAACGUCGCGAUUGUCGAGACCCAGGCCUGGCUGAGCCGGGCGUGACCAGUUCUCCAUUUUUUUCUCUCAUUCUAUAUCUGCUCUCCGCGUCGCGUCGCCUCGCGUCGCCCCUUUUCUUCGAGGCUGGUACACACCGCCCCGAGUCACACUUGUCCGUCUUUAAACCACGCUUCUCACUGUUCCUUUUUCCUUUUCCUUUUCCUUUCCUUUCUCCAACGCUUCAGACGUCUCGCUUGUUUCACCGCACUUCUUUUCCCCAGCUGCGUAAAGUGCAAGAUGAUGUUCAGCAUCCUCUGUGUUACGAAUAAAGUCACUCCAAGUGGUCUGUAGUUGUAAAGUUUCAAGUAAUUCAGAAGCAUAGUUAGAUGGUCGAAAAUAUUCUGUUUAUGGUAAUUUAUGGAAAAAAUCGUGGAUAUCUAGCACCGGUGCGAUUGUCUCCGUGUUCGAUCGGGUAAGAAGGUGGUGGGCGAGGAAGCGAGGGAAGAAAGAAGGGAUAAUAUUGGUAGGGGAAAGUAAAAAAGAAAGAAGUGUACCGAUCGAGCACAAGCGGAUCGGUCGAGGGAAAAAUCGAUUUCGCGGUGGAAACGCAUAACGCGAGGAAUGCACACGGUGCAUCGAUCGUUCGAUGGCCAACAGCAACUUGGUGCACUGGCGUACUCGAGCAUCCAUGCCUUCUAUAUACGCCUACGGAUAUUCCUAGUUACUUUGCUCGCGUGGGUAGCCUCGGAACGAGUAUUUACGUGAAUUCGGUGGAUCGCGAAGCGACUCGAAGCUGUGAACUCGGUCAUCGAAAGACGGAUAGCCUUUGCCGAUUUUCUAUCGCGCGUGUCAAUCGUCGUUCUUCAGGAGAACGCGAUCUCGCGGCAAGACGAACACGAAGACGUCUGCUAUGGUGGCUGGAUACCUGGACGAGAAUUCUUGCACGAUUCUACUCUUGGUCGACAGAGUGGAAAGCUCAGCGUUGCAGUUGGUGUAUCCGCUGGAUUCUCGUCCGGUGCAGUUAAUCUUCCGGGGGUUGCAGGUGGUCAAGGAGAAACGUUCUCUUCUGAGGGAUGUUUCGGGCAUUGUUAAACCCGGUGAACUUUUGGCCGUCAUGGGCCCUUCAGGUUGCGGCAAAACGACGUUGUUGAAUUGCCUGUCAGGCCGAGUGGGCGUCGACGGGGGUGAAAUCUGGCUGAAUCGUGAAAGACUGACAAAAAGAUGGCGCAGGAGAAUCUGCUACGUUCAGCAGCAGGACGUUUUCUUUCCCGAUCUCACGUUGCGCCAGACACUCGAGUACCAGGCGAGGCUCAGGCUUCCGGACACGUUCUCGCACUCCCAGAAGAUGCAGUGCGUGGAUCACAUCAUCGAGGUCCUCGAUCUUUCCGGCUGCCAGGACACAAUUAUCGGAGAUUACACGAAACGAGGACUGUCUGGCGGUGAAAAGAAGAGGACCAGCAUAGCAUGCGAGUUGCUUACGAAUCCGUCGCUGAUGUUGCUGGACGAACCAACGAGCGGGCUGGACUCGCACUCGGCACAGGCGUUGAUUUCACGGCUGAAGAAGUACGCUGAACAAGAGGGUAAAAGCAUCGUGGUGACAGUGCAUCAACCCAGUUCCAGGAUGUUUCACAGCUUCAGUAAGCUUCUUCUGUUGAGCCGUGGCCAGGUGGCGUAUUACGGCUCCACCUCGAAUGUUGGCAGGUUUUUCUCCACGAUAGGACUUACCUUGCUGCCGCAUUACAACCCCGCCGACUUUAUACUGGAACAAAUAAAGGGUCCAGAGGAGGUUCGGGAGCGUAUCGUAACCGCAGCGCGGAACGCGAGACAGGGACCUGACUGCCCGCCGGAACUUCGUCCGGAAUAUAAUCCCAGCCAACAUCCGCUCUGCGACCAUCUCAUACAUUAUCACGAGCACCACAUCAGCCACAACGUUAAAGAAGACGAAGGUCGUACACUGUGGUUGGACACACAAAGCCAUGCCAGCAGCAGUGCCAGUUCGGCGGACGAGGACUAUUCCUGGCAGUGGCCCACCAGUUUCUGGUCGCAAUUCAAAGUAUUAUCAGAAAGAAACUUUCAAGAGGCACGGCCACGAAUGCUGUCUCGUCUGAAUUGGCUGCAAACGAUAGCCCUAGGUUUACUCGCUGGACUGCUGUGGCUCAGGCUUCCCAGAACCGAAGCAGCUCUUCACGACAUUCAAGGCUGGAUGUUCUUCAGCACCACGUAUUGGAUGCUGUUCGCACACUUCAGUACACUCUCCAGUUUUCCUCCAGAACGCGAGGUUAUCAACAAGGAGCGAUUGUCAGGGUCGUAUCGGCUCUCGGCCUAUUACCUGGCGAAAAUGGUCGGCGAGUUGCCGCUUACGAUUACGCUGCCCGCUGUUUACCAUAUCAUUAGUUACCCCAUGUUGGGCUUCCACAGUCCGGCUGUUUUCGUCACCCUGUUGGCGUUCCUGCUGCUCAACACGAUCGUUGCACAGAGCGUGGGCUUCUUCGUCGGUGCGUGCUGUUUGGACUUACAGGUGAGCAUAACCGCUUCGGCGCUUUACACGCUCGCCACGCAAUUGUUGGGCGGGUAUUUAGCGACCGCGGUACCACCGUGGUUGGCGUGGGCCAGAUACACGAGCAUGGUUCACUACGCCUACCAGAACAUGCAGAUCCUGGAAUUCGGCGUCGGCGAGCCGAUCACAUGCUCACAGCCAAGCAAAUUCCCCGAAUGCAGAAACGCGACGACGAUACCAGUGUCCGCGAUUCUGGAGAGCCAAAAUGGCGCCAGGGGUUCCGGUCUUCCAUUGUGGGCGAACACGGCCGUUCUCCUGGCGUUUCUCGUGAUUUUCCGUACACUCGGCUACCUGGUGUUGCGUUAUUACCGCGUGCCGAAGUGAACCACCCGACGGCCCCAUCGUCAUGGACUGUAUCGGCUGAUCGAUUAAUCGACGGACAUCGACGGUUAGCCCAGGUUGCGCUAACGGAAAAUACGCGUCGAAGGCUUCCUUGACCCUUCGUUUCGAGACGGCCACGACAACAGAAAUCGCGACGCGAAAGCUUUAUUUUUCCAGGGGAUCACGUUCCGGUUUUAACGAACGAGACAACCGGAAAUGGCGAUGGAAAGAUGCAUCUUAAUUGGAUUACCAUUGGAAAGUUCAGAGUUAUCCUACAGUAAGCAUACUGACUAAAGUUCAGCUUGAGAAAUUAUUAUUUUUCAUUUCAAUUUCGGUCAUUUUGUAGAAUAGAGCCUUGACAGUUUGAAUUUCAAAAAUAUAUAUGAGGUACAUUCGCGAUCAGAUCGAAUGAUAUAACAGGAAUUUUCAGAGUUAUAAUUUUGACGAUAUUAAUAUUAAAUUUAGUUUGUUACUAAAUUUCAUCAAAUUUAGUAUAUGAAUAAUAAAUAAAUAUCUAUUCAAAUUUUCCCGCAAUGACGUUGAUGAGCCCUCCAUUCCUACAUUGUCAUUCUCCCCGGGGAUGCUUAUGGGGAAGGGUGAGACCCGGAACAUCCCCAUUUACCUCGAGAAAUUCUCCAUUUUUCUGAUUUGAUUGCGAGUGUACCAUCGUCAUUAAAUUGUGAUUAUGCCUAAUGUAGGAUCAAUAGAAGUCUGAUUUAACUCUAGACGGAGGGAUUCGAUGUAAUUAAGAGUCAAUUUUUCAGCUCCAUUAUCCGGUCACCGCUAUUUUUAAUUAACGAACGAUUAGCAGAUAUUUUUCUUAACUGUACACUCAUCUCGCAGAAUAGUACGUAUAUGUAUAUAUUAAUAUACCUCAGAUAGAACAGGGAACCAGCGACCUAACGAAACGAAGGGUUAAACAAGGAGUGUUUAAUUUCUCUUCUUUUGUAUUCGGAAUGUUCGUCGGGAAUGGUCCCGCGAUCGGGAGACAGGCGGACACGCCAUCGAGAGACUUUGGCGAAGACUAUUAUAUAAUAAUAAGAUUGUAUCAAGUAGAGACUUUAUAUAUACGAAUAUAUGUAUCAACGCUAAAAACGAAGUACGAGAAACAGGGAGAAUGAAAAAUGAACGGGGAGAGAAUGAGACAUCUUCUUUGUUUUAAUUUCUUGCGGCAACAAGGGUAUAAUAGUAGCGAGAGAGAAAAAAAGGAACAGAGCGAACGAGACGAGAAUGAAUGCUACCACAACUUGCGAGAAUGAGAGAGAGAGCGUCUUUUUCUUUUUUGGAAAAAUCGAUGCGGCGUCGGGACGCCGCGAAACCGACUGAAAAAACAAAACAAACACAUUUGUACGGACGACGAUACAUUUCUUACGCGCGAAAUACAAAGAAAUGAGAAGAGUACGAAAAAAAUGAAGAAAAAAAAAAAAGAUGACAAAAAAAUAUGUAUAUGAAAGGGGGAAUAGAGAAAGAAGAAUACAUCCUCCCUCACCCCUCCAAACGUGACCCGAGUAGGUUUAGGAAAGACGUAUUGUAAAAUCGCGAAGAAACUUUUUAAUAAUCGUUUAGCGACUAUCCACGUUUCAUUUUUACUUUUUAUUACCGCAGAACAAUUUACGCUACCCGUUUUUAAGAUAAUCCGCCUUAGGUGUUUAAGGUGAUGCUGCUGCUAUCUAUUCAUUAAUUAACUACUCUAUCACUUAGUACUUUUUAUUAUCGAGCGCUGUAAAACUGUAAGUGAUUAUCGAGCGAGAUAAGGAUACAAACCAACCGUUCAUAUAUACAUAUAUAUACAUAUAUAAUAUUAUAUAUAUGCCUGCCAAUUUCGAUAUUCUACCGUGUAGAAAAAAAGAAAGCAAGGAACAAGGGGAUGAGAUGAGACACGUGUACGGUGUGAAAAUAAUGGAGAUAGGUUUCUAGGACAAUUAAACAAAGAAAUUCUUCACAGGUCGCACGUGAAUGAAUUUUUUUUUUUUAUACAUAAUUUAAUAUUGCGACUGAUGGGAUUCGAUGUAACACGCGCGAGCAGUGUUACGAAUAGGUAUGCGUUUAUGCUGACUUGCUUUAUGGGAAAUCGGGCUUCGAUUAGCCGACCCCCAUUAGAAUUUGUUGGCCACUGACUCGUAUCUAUGUGAUGUGUCUUUUUUUCUUCUCUUUUUUUCUUUUCUAGAAGCUCGAUAUUGUUACGAAAUUGGGGAUCCAAAUGAAACAUUUAACGAGCGGUGUAAUAAUUCAUUGGCUACCUUGUGUACAUAGAAAUUUUAUAUAUAUAUAUACAUACAAAUAUUAUAUAUAUAUGAAACUAUUAUAAUUAUUAUUAUCAUUAUUAUUAUUAUUAUUUUUAUUAUUAUUAUUAAUAUUAUUAUUAUUACUAUCGCAUGUACAUGUGAACUAAGGACUGAACGAGGAGACACGCGACGUUUUUCUUUUCUCAUUUUUUUUUCUUUUUUUUUUCUAAUUAUUAUAAAUGCACUGAUUGGGGAAACGAUACAGGAUACAACAUACGUGAACGAAUAUUCGGUAUAGCAAUGAACAGUUCACGAAAUUUUAAGACUAAUCUAUGAAUUUUAUAAAAGAAAAAUCUUUUUUAUCUGCAUUUCUGACAGAGAUCUUUUAUUAGAAUUACUAAACUAAAAAUAGUGGAUGAUUCGUUGGUAUACCUAAUAUUAUUCUACCGAUAUUACCGAUAUUAACCCUUUCACAGCAGGAGAGUUCACCUAAAAGAUCCAAUAAUCGUUACGAAGGAAAAAGAUGGAGGUUGUAUUUAGGAAAUUAAAGGAGAUUAGUCAAAUUAAUCGAACGUCUACGGCAGUGAAAGGGUUGAAUAAAUCCGCCAGCAAAUCUAAAGCAAACAGUCUAAAAGCAUGGAUCCGAGAUACGGGAAAGGACAGAUCCUCCGCAAGAACACGCACACUAAACACACACAUACACAGCCAGAAGUUACGGAAAAGUUGAAAUGUUCGCGUUUAUAUAGUAUAAAUAAUAGUUAGGUUACCGUGGAUCGUGGACGAUGACGAGCCUCGAUUCGAGAGGAACGAUGUGUGCUUUUCUUUAGUCGGCCAAAAGGGGCAAAACGUUUUCGAUUUUGUGCGAAGAACCGGACGACUCGCCUAAUCCGCUAAGCUUUCCUUCGAGAGAAAAAAAGAAAUAAAUAAAUAAAUUAAUCGGGGAAACCGUCGCGUGUCCAAUCACCCUUUGCAUAUCCUCGUUGGGACAGCUUUCGUAAAGUUUCUUUUUUACUCUUCGUGACCUAAUUAACCGCUUCGAAGUUUUAUAUACAUAUUUUUUGUUUCUUCAAAUUUUUCAUCACUUCCUUCGAAGAAACUUGGACGCUGACCGAACGGCUUCCGGUUGUUUGAAAGACACGCGACGGGAUUCGUCCGGUACACGCACAUCGCAAUAUCCACCAAGUGUUCAGAAGUGGGUUCGGUGUCGAACGAGGGCGAGGGGAUUAGAAAUUGAUUAAAGAACGAAUUGUUCCGCGAUUACAAAGAAAAAAAAAAAAAAAAAAUAGUAGGUUUUAAGGGGGGUCGAGGAGAAAAAUAAAACGAAUACGAAGACCGUGGCUACGUAUCGGAGAUGUUUAAACAAAGAUUUGGCUGUGUCAAUGUCUCGAACGAUUUAUUCAUUUUUCUAAUGCUUUCUUUUUUCUACUUAAACGUUUCAAAACCACCUGACUGUUCGCGAAUGCUCUGAACGUUCAAGGCAUAUCUCGAACAGCUCUGGUGUUGGAAAGUCAUGGAAAAUGUUGUUACGAAAGAACAGGGAAGAAUGAUUGAUGAAAGAGAGUAUGAAAGUGACGAACAGCGCACAGUUAAGAGAAAGAAACGAAGAGUAAAUUAAAGAAAGUCGUUCAACGUCGAUCAUCGUUGAGAGUUAUCCUCUUUCCUUUUCGAGGAAAAUCUGUCUCAAACACGUGCGAUUAGUAUUCGUGGGAAAAAAUAUCACUGCCAAAACGAGGUAACGACCAUUUUUCAUUUUUAGUAUACCUACAAGAUACUCUGAAUCGGAUCGUGUUCAGGAAAUAACGAAAGCGAAUUGUACAAUCUUGUUUCAAUUCAAACGAACACCAUAUUAUAUCAAAUGUAACAUAGAUGUUCUUGGAUAUUAAACGUUUAUGGUGUAUGCCUGGUUUAUAAAUGAUUAUCCAUGUUACUUGGAGAAAGAAACUGUCUCUCUAUACCUUUUCUAUUAGGUCUUUUCUAAUUUCCACGAAAUAAUACUUGUGAUAUAUCAAAUUAAAGCUUAAAGUUUCAUAAAGGUUUCGUUGAUAUAAUAAACUUUUGGCAUGAUAAAUCAUUCUAAAAUGACCUAAUAGAAUAUAUUUUACACAGUUUUGAAACAUAUGUAAUUGAAUAAAGAAUAAUCCAUAACAUUGCAAUCCUAUGCAAUAAAGGGAGACACUUUUCUUUCCCACGAAUCGUCUGCUAUCUCUUUUUUUUUGUAAUUACAAAAACGUUUAUUUGUUGCUUGUAAGAAAAUAACAGCGAACGAGACGACGAACGACUCGACGUUUGCUUUCUCUACUUGCCAGUAGUACGGCGUCUCUUUUCUCAGACAAAGUUUAUACAUAUUAUAGAAGAUAGAUGUGUGUCGAAGGUGGCGACGAUAUCGAUGACAGUCUAUACUUUCGUUUCAAUUUCACCUUCGACGCAUCCGCCGGCGACGAUGAAAAACUGAUAUCACCGUUUUACGACACGCGUCUUUUUCCAAAUUUUGAUACUCCUAUUGUAUACACUGUACUCAGCGUCCCCAACAUAUUUGUAUACGUUUUACAAACUUACAAUUUUUGCAGGAAAUCCGAAUCGAACUCUCGCGAUUGAUACAAUUCCCCGAGAUAGAUUUUCAAGAUCGAUCGUAGAGUUCGAACGAACAGCGAGCGCACGUUUUGUAGUGAACAUUUUCGUCAUCUUCGAGGAUAGCCUCGAAGUUUCUACACACACACACACACACACACUUUUUCACGCUUUUUCGCACUGAAAUACAAUUUAUAAGACUGAGAACGUUUUUGAUACAUGUUAGUCGUGACGGAUACCACGAGCACCGCUGCGAGACGAAAGGAUUCGAAAAGUUAGUGUCAAAGUGUUGAAAAAUUUUCUUGAACAAUCCCGAGAAUUCCAAUGCUCGUAGAGUUUAAAUGAUAUUUCGAAUACCCAAUCGCUAAUUGCGCUCACCCUGAAGAGGCUCGCAGAAUGAAAUUAACACAGCCAAACAACUCUCUCCCAAUGAUCGUUUCUUCGCGUUUCUUCAAACUCUGCCUUCUUCUUCGUAGGAGACAUUUUUCGAAAGUCUGUUCACGAUCGAAUGAUCGGUUUAGGAAUGUGAUAUAACGAAACUCGAGGAACGUUUAUGUAAGAUUUGAUCUUGAACGAACGAGAAGGGAAGUUGUACGCGACGAGAUGUGACUGUUUCGCUUUACAAAAAUAGUGCCUUUUUUUAAAGAAAAACUCUGUUGUUUGUGCCAAGUCGAAUUCAAGGGAUGCGAAUGCGUACGCGUUACACAGAGACACACAGGCUCGAUUGUAAAGGGAAGGAGACGCGAAGAGGGCUGCGAAUGUAAUGAAGAGCUUAAGGAAUUCGUCGAGAGACUGAUUGAAAGGGGUCGUUUUUCAUUAUACAGGCUUUAAAAGGGUUGAUAGAAGAAUUUCUUCUCUAAGAACGUAGAAUGUUUAGUUCACAGGGAACGAAUCGAUCAGUUCUUUACUCUACACUUUAGUUCGUUUAACCCUUUUCUAAGGCACACGUUCACGAUUUACGGAGACAGAGAACGAGGGUGCAAGAAAAAGAUCGUUCGGUUAGAAGGGCGUGUUUCUUGAUUAAAAGAUGAAAAUGAGAGUAUGAUUGUGUGUAUGUGGGUGUGCGAGAGAGAGAAACCACGGGACUAACGAGAAGAAAAGAAAAAUGCCAAAAAGUGUUCCACUAAUAUUGGCGUAACUAGAUAGAGAAGUAAUUAAAAGAAAAUUCAGAUUAGGGAUUCAAAUUUCCAAAUAAAAUACCAUUGCGAAUUGCAAAAAUAUUUAAAAAUUAGUCAAAUUACAAUUUUAUGAAAUAAAAAUAUCUGGGACCCUAGAAAAUCCUAGUUACGCCAGUGUCUAUUAACCAUUGCCGCCGUGGAUCCCCAGAAUAGUACCUACCAUUAAAAAAAAAAAAUGAAAUUGAGUGUAAUAAUCAUGUAUGUAGAUUGAGUGCAAAAGAGAGGAACAAACGGGAGGAAAAAAGUUAAUAUAUAACUCGAAUCAUGUUCAUACAUAUGUACAUAAUGUGUGUGUUCAUCUAUGUAUAGGUAUAUAUGUGUGUAUCUAUGUACAGCAUCGAGCAAAGUAGAAAUAAUAGCAUUACAAAAUUUUUAUUUCGAUUAUAUUAAUAUUAAAAUGUAAAUGAUUUUUAAUCUCAAAUUCUUCCAUCUAAACGUUUGUACGCCAAUGAUGGGAGUCCACGAGAUCUCUUUCCCUACAUGGCCUUUAUCCCCAGAGAAGCCUACCAUGCUCGGUACUGUACACUGCGUAUGCACACGUAUGAGACACAUGGACACGCGUUGCAUAUUUCAUCGUCACCAAUUCUACACACACACACACACACUCAUAGACACACUUUGUAUCGUCAUCCCUUCGACAUACCAAUUUUCAUCAGAUUUUUUAGACUGCGUACUGUAUAUAUAUACAUGAAUUGUACGAGAUAUACAUAAGUAUAUAGAGGGUGUGUCAUUUCAAUCAAUUCCCUUUGAAUACCCACUGAACUGUUGAUAAUAUCAAAAAUAUUUCUGAGGAGAGUUUAAGGAUUUUGAAAAUUAUUCGAGCUCCUCGUUUGUAAAAUUAAUUUAAGUCCACAAAAUAAAAAGUAGGAAAUUGUCAAAAGUUUAUGAACCGGGGUUAAUUACUUUGAUCUGGGUAUAAUUCAUACAACUCUGAAAUAUUUUUUUAUAUUAUAAAUAGUUUGGUAGAUAUUCGAGGAAUGGUACACCCUGUACAUGGAUAUAACGAUACACUUAGCACUAACAGAAUUAUUACCCUAUUAUUAUUAUUGUAUGAAAUGAUAUUAAUUAACUGAUAGUAUUAUACCUGUUGUCCUGGUAGCGGAUACAAGUUCUUUCGCAGUAAUAUUACCCAUUAAAGAAAAAAAAAAAAAAUGAAAAUCGUUAUACAUA